AUGGCACCAGCCAUCGGCAUCUUCCGAGAUGACCGCAUUGAAAUCAUCGCCAACGACCAGGGCAACCGAACCACUCCCUCCUUCGUUGCUUUCACCGACACAGAGCGAUUGAUCGGUGACUCAGCCAAGAAUCAAGUCGCCAUGAACCCUCAGAACACCGUCUUUGACGCAAAGCGACUGAUCGGUCGUAAGUUCGCCGAUGCUGAGGUUCAGGCCGACAUGAAGCACUUCCCCUUCAAGGUUAUCGACAAGGGAGGCAAACCUGUGGUCGAAGUCGAGUUCAAGGGCGAGAACAAGCAGUUCACACCUGAAGAGAUCUCCUCCAUGAUCUUGACCAAGAUGCGAGAGACUGCCGAGUCAUACCUUGGUGGUACCGUCAACAAUGCUGUUGUCACCGUCCCUGCCUAUUUCAACGACUCUCAGCGCCAAGCCACCAAAGAUGCUGGUCUGAUCGCAGGCCUCAAUGUCCUUCGUAUCAUCAACGAACCCACUGCUGCUGCCAUCGCUUAUGGUCUCGACAAGAAGAUCGAAGGUGAACGCAAUGUUUUGAUCUUCGAUCUCGGUGGUGGUACUUUCGAUGUUUCUCUCCUCACCAUCGAAGAAGGUAUCUUCGAAGUCAAGUCUACUGCCGGUGACACUCACUUGGGUGGUGAAGACUUCGACAACCGUCUCGUUAACCAUUUCGUUAACGAGUUCAAAAGAAAGCAUAAAAAGGAUCUCAGCGCCAAUGCCCGAGCCCUUCGAAGACUCCGAACCGCAUGCGAACGUGCGAAGCGCACUCUUUCUUCAUCCGCCCAAACCUCCAUUGAAAUCGACUCCUUGUAUGAAGGUAUCGACUUCUACACUUCCAUCACCCGAGCUCGCUUCGAAGAGCUUUGCCAGGAUCUCUUCCGCUCUACCAUGGAGCCUGUUGAGCGUGUUCUGCGCGAUGCCAAGAUUGACAAGUCUUCAGUCCACGAGAUCGUCUUGGUUGGUGGUUCUACCCGUAUCCCCAGAAUUCAGAAACUCGUCUCCGACUUCUUCAACGGAAAGGAGCCCAACAAAUCCAUCAACCCUGACGAAGCUGUUGCCUACGGUGCCGCUGUCCAGGCUGCUAUCUUGUCCGGAGACACCUCAUCCAAAUCCACCAACGAAAUCCUUCUUCUCGAUGUUGCGCCAUUGUCUCUCGGUAUUGAGACCGCUGGUGGUGUCAUGACCGCACUCAUCAAGCGAAAUACUACUAUCCCAACCAAGAAGUCAGAGACUUUCUCUACAUUCUCUGACAACCAACCCGGUGUGCUUAUCCAGGUCUACGAAGGUGAGCGUGCACGCACCAAGGACAACAACCUCCUCGGCAAGUUCGAGCUCUCUGGUAUUCCUCCUGCUCCUCGUGGUGUUCCUCAGAUUGAGGUUACAUUCGAUCUCGAUGCCAAUGGAAUCAUGAACGUGUCUGCCGUAGAGAAGGGUACUGGCAAGUCCAACAAGAUUGUCAUCACCAAUGACAAGGGUCGUCUGUCAAAGGAAGAUAUCGAGCGCAUGUUGUCCGAGGCCGAGAAAUACAAGGCUGAGGAUGAGGCUGAGACUGGUCGCAUCAGCGCAAAGAAUGGUCUUGAAUCAUACGCAUAUUCGCUCAAGAACACCCUCUCCGAUUCAAAGGUUGACGAGAAACUUGAUGCUUCCGACAAGGAGAAGUUGAAGGCCGAGAUUGACAAGACUAUCUCUUGGUUGGACGAGAACCAGACCGCCACCAAGGAUGAGUAUGAGUCCACACAGAAGGAACUUGAGAGCGUCGCCAACCCCAUCAUGAUGAAGUUCUAUCAAGGUGAAGGUGGUGCUCCAGGUGGUCCAGGUGGCUUCCCUGGUGCCGGAGGUCCCGGCGGUUUCCCUGGUGCUGGCGGCCCUGGUGGAUUCCCCGGCGGUGCUGGAGGUGCCCGUGGUGGAGAUGAUGGCCCAACCGUCGAAGAAGUCGACUAA